AAUUACGCUGUGACUUCUUUAAUCUGUAGGGUGUUGCUGGCAUACCCCCAGAUGCGUAUAUUCUAUAUCAUUUUUCCUGUGAAAAUGAAGAAACUAUGUUUAUAGUGCUGACAGUGUCACUGAAUACACAUGGCUUUGUGUUAACAGUCCUUUUUUUUAUGGUAAUAGUUUUAAAGGACACACUGGAGAAAAGGGGUGCGCUUGGGCAAAUAAAAGCAAGGAUUCGAGCGGAAGUUUUUAAUGCACUGGAUGACCAAAGCGAACCACGGCCGCCACUGUCCCAUGAAAAUCUCCUAAUCAAUGAACUCAUUCGUGAAUACCUGGAAUAUAAUAAAUAUAAAUAUGCAGCAUCUGUUUUAACUGCAGAGUCUGGCCAACCUGAAGUGCCCUUGGAUAGAGAAUUUCUUGUCAAAGAGCUGAAUGUAGUCGAAGAUGCAAAUGGAAAAUCAAUCAGACCUCUCUUGUAUGGAAUCAUAGCUCAUUUCUUACAUGGUGGUAAAGAAGAAAGAACCCCAAGUACUAUUCCAAAAGUGCCUUUACUGAACUAUCCAAGGCAGAAUCUCGGCAAGUCAUCUGUUGAGAGAAAUCAAAAAGGUGACCAACUUGCAAAAGCUCUAAGGCCUGCUUCUUUUCUACUAUUAUGCUGAUGAGACAGCAUAAAUGCCGUACAAAACUAAUUAUCCUCAGAACUGCUUGACUGGCCUUCAGAUGUGUCAGUAGUAGAAAUUUCCCUCUGAAAUGGGUAUGUGUUUUAUUUAGAAAGAGGGCAUUUUUAAAAAUUGCCGAGAGCCAAAUUUAUAUAAUUUUUCAACAGUGCAAGGUAUUGUGAAGUUCCUGUUGAUCUUAUGGUAGCUGUAGCUCCUUGUUAGCUACUAGACAGAAGAGGGGGGAGGAAGCAAUUGUUUGUCUUUAUUCUGUUAAGGCUUUUGGACUGUAAAAUACUGAAAACAUUUAAACUGGACAGAUGUACUGUUCUAAUUAGUAGAUGGAAGAAAAUCUGUCAUGCCAUUUAUGCUAGGGUUUUAGAAACAAAGAGGUACUGCUGCAGUUACUGGUAAAGACCAGAAAAUAAUAAUAUCAGAAAGUAUCAGUAUCAGAAAGGUCAUCCAACAAAUUGCUGUCCUAUCUGCCUAAAAGUUAAACUGGCCAAAUUGUACUCCAUUAUACCAUUACCGGUCUAGAAUUGGUCAACUGAAGACAGUUGUGACUACAUUGGCAAUUUAAUACAGGAAUUUAACCUAAAUGUUCAGUGAAAUAUAUUCAAGAGCGGGCAUAUCUUUUUCUUUCUCAUCUAUGCUGACUUAAUUUUUAUAGAAAGAAUUAAUUCUUCCGCUGUUCAUUCUGUAUACAGGCCUAAACUCUUUUUUGAGGACAUUUCAAAUCCCAUUGACUUCAGCAGCUUAAGCUCCGAGUUCACUGCUAUAAAGUAGAACACUGCUAAAUCUUGUUUUCCUCUUCUGGUAUGCUCUUUGACUGGUUACUAUUAGUACUGCCUAAGCUACAGAAUGAAAGGGAUCAUUGGUCCAGCUUUUCCCUUUGAAGAGUCUGCCUGGCAUAUUGCUUUCUACUCUGUGGGGAUUUGGACCGUUUAGUACGAUCAUGUUAUUACUAAUAGUACUAUUGACUAUUUUUUUUGUAUCUAUAAAAUUUGAAAAACCUGAGGACUGAGAUAGUCUUACGAAAUUUAAAAAGUGUGAGAGAAGUACUGAAUAAGCACCCUUUUUAAUAACUAGAUCCAUUGAGACAAUACUGUUCCUCUUCUGCCAGAAGGGGGUGCCAAAGAAGUAAAAUCUCACUACCAAAACUGUGCUGUAACUAGUCUCUCCCUUAGAAAACUCUUAUUCCUGACAGAAAUUUCCCCUUUUUUAAAUACUAAAUUAAGUGCUACAGAAUAAUUUUUUAAACGUAUAACUUUGUACCUCAGUUUUGAAAUUGACUCUGUGCAGGUCACCUGGCCCUGGAGACUCACUCCAGUAGAAUUUCACUUAGGGAUUUAAUUGUUUAGAGUCAACCACAAGACUCAAGUUUAGUUAUCAGAUGUUACUGCUUGUUGCUUUUUGAACUAAAGCAAAAAAAGUAAAGCUUUAAGGCUUUUAACCUUAAAGUAACUGUAGCCUGAGAUUACUUUCUGCUUGUGUUUCUGGAAUAUGUCAGUGGAGACCUAAAGGCAGUGGGUUUAAAAUACCAAUUACCUAGCUAUUUUAAUUAGGCUGCGCAUUAACGUGAUAAAGCGCGUUCAUAAACUCAACUUUUAGGUCUUGCAUUUAACAUGUAACUCGCUUUUCACAGUAGGAAUUGUCUUGCUUAUGUUGUUGGAUGAGUGUUUCAAUAAACUUUCUGGGAUAUAAGAAAACAGAUAGCGGAUCCUGAUACAAAGUGUAAAACCUGGUGGUUCUGUUAGUUCCUUCACUAUAUCUGAGCUGAAGUUGUCUUAGAUCUAAUCUUUAGUAAUUUAUUUAAUAAUCUCUUAUUUCAUACCGUUGCAUGGACAGAAUACUUUAUAACUGUAAAAUUGCCUAAGUUUCCUACAGUGAUCUGUAUCAGGGUUCAUAUUAGCAGAAAGUAACAGUUAUAUCUUUGGAUCUGCAGAUGCAUGCAAAUACCUGUGAAACACUUGUCUGUGCUUCA